AUGGCUGACAUUUACAUAUCGAUUCACUAUACUGUUACUUCCGUGGGCGCCUUUUUCAUGGGAAUCUGGAAACCCAUUUUUGAUCGCGAAGUUUCAAUAUCAGGAUCUCGUGUACGGCAAAGAGACAUUUUCGACUCGUCUUCUCACUUAUCGGGAAAAUAUAUUGUUCAUAUUCUUCCAGAAAGUACCGCACUUUUAAAUCCUUUAAAAGAAUCGUACUGUUUGGAACAAUCGUACUCAGAAGUCAUUAUCCCUGUUAAAUUUAAUGCCACUAUUCCAAAUCUUGUUCAACUUAAUCACUAUGAUUUCGACACUAUGGAGAUGACUACCACUAAUUUCACAAAGAAGCAACUUAAAAAGCUAAAAAUGUCUAAUCCUCCAGAAAAAGUGACCGAUCCCCGCAUUUCUUACUAUUCGCUUCCUGUCAACGAACCUGGCCUAUAUAGACUUGGCCAAGUUGUUGAUUCUUCCGGUCUCAAUAUUCGAUUAUAUCGCUCUGACGUCGUUAUCCCUCGUUGCCCGUCAGCCUACAUUUUUAGCGGAAGAGAAAAUGGCGACUCCCAUUUGUGUAUCGGCGAUGUUGAUCUUCCUAAGAUUUCAGUUGAUGGUGUACCUCCACUUACUGUCAAAUAUUCCAAAUUAAUUAAGGGCGAGGAGUCUAAAUUUUCAGUUCAAAGUGUCAGCCCUGAACAUCCAAUGCAUCAUUCAAUUAAGGCCGCUAAAUCAUCGAUAUUUUGGAAUGGUCAAGACACUCUUUCUUGGGCUGCAUCUCAGUCAUUGGAAAUUGAAAUGGAUACAGCUUUAACCACUACCGGUGACUGGGUCUACUUUAUUGAUCAAGUUGAAGACGCUCUUGGUAAUGUGGUCAAUUACAAUAAACUUUACAAUUAUCGCGAAAACCCUAAGCUUUUAUUUUCAAAGUCUUUGGGCUACGGGUUUCAGGUUCAUUCUAGACCACACAUAAAUUUCAAAGGCUGCGGAUCUCAGACCCCAGUUAAACUUAAGCGAAAUGGUUCUGCUCAACUACAGGUGUUUAUUAAUGCCGAUUUGGAAAAUGGUCCAUUUGAAGUUGAGUUGGAACAUUCUCCCUUGGAAGAUAGCGACGACUCAGGUUCGUAUUACACAUUUACUCAGAACUUUACACAUCAAAUUGGCCAUAUCCCUGUCAAAGAGGCAGGUAUUUACAAAGUUCUUAAUCUAAACGGAAGGUAUUGCCAAGGAACAGUUUUGGAACCUUCGGCUUGUAUUGUUUAUGUCCCACCUGAGCCAGUUGCUAAAGUUACAUUUGAAGAUGUUGAAGACAAAUGUGCUGGUCCUGUUGGUGUUGUUGCUGAUAUUUCACUUUCUGGCACUCCUCCAUUUACCGUCUACUACCGAAUUAUUAAGAAUGGUGCCAUUAUUCGCAAUGAGUUUAAAACAAUUAGCCAAACCCGUGAUAAGAUUACUCUCAAACCAAACGAAGCUGGCAAUUAUGCUUACGAGUUUUAUAAAUUGAGUGAUUCCAUCUACAAAGACAUUGACAUCAAGGGACAAGAGGGAUCUCGCAAAGAGCAAACUAUUCAAACUUUGGCAGGUGCUACCUUCGUCAGUCCUCGUAUUCGCAGAAAGGCUUGUUCUGGUGAUAGCGUUGAACUUCCAGUGCAAUUGUUUGGCGUACCACCAUUUAAACUCAAUUAUGAAAUUGUUCAUGGCUCCUCCCGUAAAAUGCCUUUCACUCAGGAGAACAUUACUGGAUCCCGAUUUGUUAUCAAAACUGAUCCCUUAAAAGCUGGUGGAUCUUAUACUGUUUCACUUGUUUCAGUUGAAAACAAUAAGGGAUGUGUCACUACUUUAAAAGAGCCUGAUGUUGUUAUUGAUGUUAGCAGAAUGCGCCCGACUGCUGGGUUCUUGUCAAUUAACGGAAAGCGAAGCCUCAUGACUCUUGAAGGUAAUAGCGUUGGCCUUCCAACCAAAUUUAGUGGAGAGGGUCCGUGGAACGUUGUUUACAAGCACACUAAUGUUAAUGGGACUGUGAGUCGGUACACUCAGACUAUGUCUAAGCAAAAUGGUGAGCUGAUUUACGUCAGUUCUGAAGGCAACUAUACCCUUGAAUCUGUUAAAGGUGCUUAUUGCCCUGGCGAGAUUUCUCCUGAAAAUAAUUUUGAAGUUAAAUGGCUGGAACGUCCCACUCUGUCUGUCAUUCCCAACACAUUGGUUCCGCUCGGAAAUAAUAAUUACCGACGUGAGGCUGUUUGCGAGCAAGAUGAUGAUGUUUUAGAACUUAGUUUGACUGGUUCUUCUCCCUUUAAAAUAUUUUAUGAUAUCACUGGUCCUCGAACCCUUGUUAAUCAGAAACUUGAUGUUGGUACCAAGUAUGCCUCCAUUAUACUACAAACAUUUAAGCCUGGUUUAUACAAGUAUAAGUUUACGGGCAUUUCAGAUGAUGUUUAUGGUGAGCGAGACAUGAGCCGGUUUGAUUUCAAUACAAUUACGGUAGAACAGAUGGUCAAUCCACGACCAGCUGCGUCGUUUGCUGAGAGAUCAAAGACUUACAAAAUCUGUGUGAAUAAUGAUGGACGAUCCAAUGGUGAUGGUAUCCCCAUCUUGCUUAAUGGAAAAGCUCCAUUUUCAGUAUCUUAUAAUGUUUACCAUGAGAGUACUGGUAAAACCGAUAUUCACACAAUUGACGGGAUUGAGGACAAGAAGUUUUACUUGAGCCAGAUUUACAAGGGCUUGGGAUUGGGAACGCAUAGAGUUACUCUCACAACUAUUUCAGAUUCGAAUGGCUGCCGAAGAUCAUUGUCAAAAGAAGAUGAGGUAUUCAUUCAUGUCAAUGAUGUGCCAUAUGCCACUCCUCUUACUCCUCGGACCAACUUUUGUGUUGGCGAACGAAUUGGUUUUACUCUUAAUGGUGUUGGACCUUUUGACAUCACUUAUGAAUUUAAUGGUAAACGUCAAAGUGUGACCACUGGUUCACCAUUUUCUCGUAUCGCUUCUAAUCCAGGAAAUUUGACACUUGUUACUCUUUCCGACACUUCUUCGUGUGUUGUUAAUUUAAGUCAUGAGCCUCGGAUUAUUCACCCUAUGCCCUCUGUUAUGAUUUCAGAGGGAACAACAGUAAUUCAAGAUAUUCAUGAGGGCGACCAGGCCGAAAUCAUCUUUACACUUUAUGGAUCGCCACCAUUUUCAUUUACGUACACUCGCAGUGAAAUGGUUGGAAAUCCCCCUAAACUUAAGGUGGUAGAAACGAAUACUGUUAACCAAGUAUACAGUAACCAAUACAGCAUAUUUACAAGUCUUCAAGGAACUUAUGAGGCGAUUGCUGUCGAGGAUGCGUUUUGCUCGAUAUCGAGUUCAUCAUUUGCAAGUAAUAAAUAA